AUGAGUACAUAUGAUCAAAUGAUAGUUGAUAAUCAAUAUCUUGGUGACUUUGAUAAUGAAAAAUAUUUAUUUUCUCAACAAUCUAAUGCUCAGCAAGAUCUAUUAAAUCAAGAUGAAGAUGGAAAUGGUUUAUUGGGACGAAGAGUUUAUUUAGAAUCACCAUCAUUUGGUAAUAAAGAAGAAGAAGAUAUGUAUAGAUAUGUUUCAAGCCGGCUAACCAAUCGUACAGGAUCUAUAAUUGAUACAAUGGCACCAGUACGUACAGGUGCAGCAUUAAUGGAUUCACUUGAUUUUGAAUUAGACGUUCUUGGCACUAAUAAUGCUCGUUCUCAAAUGCCUCUUCGAAAAGAACCAAAUCCAAUUAAACCACCAGGACAAUUAUCUACUACUUUAACAAACAUGCCAAGAGCUGAUCCUCGACAAGACCCAUUACUUGGCCCUUUACUUGCUGAACUUGAUGCAAUGUCUAAUCAACAACAGCAACAACAAAUGCAACCACUACCUCCUACUUCUCCUCCUAUCUAUCGACGAAAUUCAGUGCCUUAUCAAUCUAAUCUUAUUCGACCAAUUGGUUCAUCUCAACCUAAUGAUGUUUUAACAAAUAUAGCCAAUCAAACAGUAACUGAUGCUUUGUUUGAAGCUGAAUUAUAUGAUAGUCUUGAUUUAAAAGAUCAACUGCAGCCACAACAACAAUAUCAAACAAAUCCAUAUUCAGCUUCGAAUAUAAAUUUACCAAAUUAUUCUCAAUCUCAACAACAACCAUCUCGUUUACCAAAAAUGGAUAAUAACGAUUUAUAUAUGCCUUCAUCUUAUACUACUAAUCCUGGUGCAUUUUUAAAUUAUUUCGGUCCAGAAGAUCAAUUAUUUCAACGACCAUUACUUAAUUCUCUUGGACAAAAUUAUGUACCAAAUCCUAGACCAUCACUACCACCACCCCAGCCACCGCCUCAACAAUAUGAUACUACAUUUGAUCAAACACAUACUCAUAUGUCACCAACACAACGAACAUCCUAUGUUCGACCUAAUUUACCUCCAAAUCCAAUAAAUACUCAACCAUCAUCAUUACACUCUGGUUCAUCUAAUCAACAAAAUACCAAUCUAUUUAAUGAAUAUCAAAGAAUUCCACCUCAACAACGUUAUGAAGAACAUUUGCCACGUCAAAUAAAACCAUCAAAUAAUCAAGAAAUGUUUUUUUUUACAGAUAAUAAAGAUGAUCAAUACGAACAACAACAACAACAACAACAACAACAACAACAGUCAAAUGUAACCAGUUAUCGUAGUAAUGAUCAACAAGAUCAAGAUUUCAAACGACAAGCGAUUUGGAAUGAAUUUCAACGUACAAGUGCUAAAACUCAAGAAAAAAAUGCUAAGAAACGUGAAUCACCUAAUCGAGGAAAAGGUACAUUUGGUUCAAGUUCAACAUGGAAUAGUUCCGGCAAUCAACAAUCAUCGAAUUUAUUUAAACCACCACAACGUAUUCUUCAUCAUCCACCACCAAUAACAAAACCAAAUAAUAUCGAAGAACAUAUUGAUAUGAUUAAAAAUAAAGAAAACUUUUAUCAUCGUUCACCAGUACGAAAAUAUGAAAAUAUGUAUUUGGAAAGAAAAGAUCUUCAUAAUGAUUAUGGAAAUGGAAAACAUGAACAAGAACCUAAAAUACAAUCGUCAUCAUUACCAUCACCAACUAAACCUCAACGUCAAUCAAGUUUACCUGUAACCAUUAAUUUAAAUACAGGCGAAAAUUCACAAACUGAAUCUAUACCUGCAACAGUGACUAUUCCACUUGAAAGUCAUAUCAAUCAAGAUGGAGAUAAAAUUUCAUUGAAUAUUGAUUUACGUCUUGUUGAUUUACAAAAUUUUAAACAACAGCAACAGCAACAGCAACAACAACACCAACAAGCAUCAGAUCAUCCACAAUGGUCUAAUUUAUAUCCGUUAGAUCGACAUAUUCGAAAAUUAGAACGCAGUAUUGAUGAAACUUUACCAGCAACAAAUCCACCUCAACGAAGUCCGAUAAUACCAAGUACAGGUGUUAACCCAUUUAUGGGUCGAUAUGGAAAAAUGACAACAGGAAUGAAUCGUAAUGGAUAUAAUCCGCCAGUGUAUGGAGUAGAUUAUAAUUACAGUGAUAAAGGUCGAGAAGAAGAUUCAUAUUUAUCAAAAUUGAAUCAAGCAAGAAAAAAUGCACAAUUUAAGCCUUAUACUGGUCGUGAUUAUGAACAAUUUAAAAAGAAUUAUGGUUUUGGUACAGGUCAUCUUGGUUAUGAUUUUGAUAAUACUACUCAUAAAGAAAAACUUGAUAAAAUGGUUAAAACAAGGCAAUACGCUCAACAAAUUGAAGCAAGAAAUAAGAAAAAAUUAGCUGAUGUUUCUCGUCGUACAUUAUCCGAUACACGAUUACGAACAGAAGCAUCUAAACCAUCACGGUUGUCUCCAUAUGCUCUAACAUCAAUGCGUCCAAAACAAUUGUCAGGUAUAUCUACUCAUUCUUCUCCUCCUACUAUGAAUGACAUAUUACCAUACAUUCCUGCUCGCCGUCCAACGGAAGUUCUUUAUCGACCACCACCUGCUCCAAGACAGUUAAUAAGAUUACCACAAAAUGAAGAUAAUGAAAUAGUCGAACAUUUCAAUAUGCAUGAAGAAGAAGAAAAUAUUCUAAGAAAACCUACAAUGAAUCCAUCACAAAAACAACGUGAACAAAGCAUUGAAAAUGAUAAUCGUCAAAAUAAAGUUAUUGAAAAAGUAGAACCAGCUCAAAUUAAUCAACGACGUUUAUCAUUACCAAAACACUUACCACCAGUUCGUUUAACUAAUGGUGAUAAUAAACGACGACCAAUAAAAUUUGAUAAAUCACUUUUACUCGAUGAACCAACAUAUUCAUCUACACAAAAAAAUGGUUCCAUUCAAGAACUACAGCAACAACAACAAAAUAAACAACCAUCAAAUGUUGAUCAAUCAAGAAAUCAACAUAAUGAUAAAGAAAUUGUAAUGGAAGUAAUACAUCAAGAAUUAAAUGAACGACCAUUAAAUGAUACUGAAUAA